GAAAUCUCCUAAAUACCCAUUAAAGCCCAUUAAAAUAACACUUUCAUCCCCCUCCCCCCAAUUCCAAAGCAUGGCAACGCCUCUCUCACUCUCUCUCUCUCUCUCUCUCUCUCUCUCUCUCUGUCACUGCCCUUCCCCUACCCUCACUCUGGGAAAGAAAAAAACAUUUUUCUUGGGAGUAUCAAAACCUGAAAAACAAAAUCAAACCCUAAAAUUUCCAAACCCCCCCCAUCCAAACAACACAUUAAACCCAGGCCCCAAACCCAAAAUUCCCUUUAAAAUAAACCUAAAAAAAAUAUUUUCCUUUUUCAUUUCAAAAUUGAAAAUUGCUCGCAUUAUUUAUUCCACCAUGGCUUCUUCAAAGCUGCAGCCUUUCAACAUUUCUUCUUCUUCUUCUUCUUCUUCUUCCCAUAUUUUCACAAUUCCACUCUCACUCCAAAGUUGUAUAAGACACCCACCUUUCCCUCCCAAUUCCUCCCGUUUCCUCCUUUCUUUGUUCAAAAUCCCUUCUUCAAUGUUCUCCACCCCUUUCAUUCUCUCCUUUUCUCUUCUCCUUUCCCUCCCAAUCCUUUUCUUCCUCUUAGCCCCAAGUCUCCGUCCCCACCCUCUCCCCCCCAUCUCUAUCACCGACGAACUCGACGACCUCCAUCUCUUCCACCGCGCCACCACCCCUUCCUCCGCCUCCUCCCACCUCUCCUCGGCCUCCUCCCCCAAAAUCGCUUUCCUUUUCUUAACCAACACCGACCUCUAUUUCCUCCCUCUUUGGAACCGUUUCUUCCGAUCCGCAAAAGCUUCCUUUUACAACAUCUACGUCCACGCUGACCCCACUGUCAACAUAACUCGCCCCAAAGGCACCGUUUUCGAUGACUCUUUUAUCCCAAACGCCAAACGCACUUUCCGAGCUUCUGCUACGCUAAUCUCCGCCACCCGACGCCUUCUCGCCACUGCCAUCCUCGACGAUCCCGCCAAUGCUUACUUCGCAGUCCUCUCCCAAUACUGCAUCCCUCUCCAUUCCUUCAAUUACAUCUACCGCUCCCUCUUCACCUCCAAAAACUUCGAUCUCACCUCCAACUCAGACCCCCACUCGUCUGACUUGACUCAGUAUGGUGUCCGGGUCAAGUAUAAAUCGUUCAUCGAGAUCAUUUCCAAGGAACCCAGACUGUGGAAACGGUAUGUAGCGCGUGGCCGUUUCGUGAUGAUGCCUGAAGUACCGUUUGAGGAGUUCCGAGUUGGAUCGCAGUUCUUUGUGUUGACUCGGAAACACGCGUUAUUGGUGAUAAAAGAUCGGACGCUUUGGAGGAAAUUUAAGUUACCGUGUUAUCGUGCCGACGAGUGUUACCCGGAAGAGCAUUAUUUUCCUACUUUGUUAUCAAUGCAAGUUCCAAAUGGGGUGACCCACUAUACUUUAACUCGGGUUAAUUGGACGGGAACGGUGGCGGGUCACCCCUAUAUGUAUAAGCCGAAAGAAGUGUCGGCUAAGUUGAUUUAUGAGUUGAGGAAGUCGAAUUACUCUAGUUCUUACUUGUUUGCUAGGAAGUUCUCGCCGGAUUGUUUAAGACCCUUGAUGGGUAUUGCUGAUUCGGUCAUUCUUAGAGAUUGAGAUUGUUCCUGGUGAAUAGAGGUUUUUUGAGGAACUAGCUUGGAGCAGAAUUUGCAGGGGAAUAUGGUUUUUUGAGGAGGCGUAAAGUGCCCACAACCAAGCAAGCCCCAAAAGCUCCAACUUGUUUAGAAUCUUUAGAAACAUAAAGGGGAUCAAAAAUUUUCAUAAUAGUGGAAAAAAAAAAGCAGCCAAAGGCUGGUUCUUUUGGUAAAGGUGUAUUUUGAUGGUGUAAAUGUGUGUAAGCGGCACUAGGUUUUUGUCAUUUUGUUGUGUGAUUUGUACAUAUUAUGUAUGAAAUACAAUCAAAUUCGAUCUCUUCUUAGGAAAGUGAUGGCAUUGGAUUGAAGUGAAUGAAAGAUGCAGAGGGCAAAACUAUACAACUCACCUUUUCUCUUUAAAUUGGCCUCCACUUUUUUUUUUAUUUUUUCAUCUUUAUGUCAUUUUUUUACUACCACUUUUGUUCUUAAUUCAUGCUCAUGCUCUUUUAAGAAAGUUUUCCAAAUACAACAUCUGUAUUGAUACUUUAAAAGGGGCAUAAACUUUGCAACCAUUGCAUUAGGACUUG